AUGCCCGCCCUUCGAGACGCCGAGCUGUUUACGUGGCUUACGUGGCGGCCCUCUAAGGAGAGGGCGAAGGAGUAUGAAGGGAGUAAUGACGUGCCUCUAACUUCGUAUGAGGAGGAGACGGUUAUGUUCCGAUGGGGGGUCGGUGAGGACUGGAGGCCGGAGGACGGAGUCAUUAAGGCGUUUGAGGAUCUUGUGGGCGGAGACGGGGAGAACAUGGAGUGGAAAGCGUUUGAGUUUGUGGAAGAGAGGGAGCAGGAUCCGGGGGACUAUAUCUGA